AAUAAUAGUGACUUUUCACUCAAAAUAAUCUUCUUCUUUUUGGGAAAUUAACACCACAAUGGGGAACCUCUUUUGCAAAGGGAAGAAUUAUUCAAGGUGGAAGAGGAGGCCAAUGAUGAGUUUCAUUCAUAACCAAGCUUCUCCAACUCACAUAGGAAUAAGAACGGUGGAAGCUGAAAAUGUUUGCAACUUUUCAACUCAUUCGGAUCUAUGUAUCUCCAUAGCAACUUGGAAUAUGAAUGGCCAGGUUUCGUUUGAAGAGCUGGCAGAUAUGGUUGGUAGCAACCGAGAAUUUGAACUUUUAGCAGUUGGAUUGCAAGAAGCUCCAAAAGAAAGAAAAGUUGCAACACUCCUCAAAGAAGCUCUACAUGAAAAUUAUUUGAACUAUAACUCACUAGACACACAUAACAUGAUAGGCAAAGUAAUAAUGGGAUCUUUGCAGCUCUACCUAUUUGGGCCAUCAAAUGCAAAAAGAUCUUCCAUUACAGAAUUGAAGAUGGACAAACAGUCAAUUGGGGGAUUUGGAGGAAUAAUUGGAAGAAAGAAAGGAGCUGUUGCAAUCCGAAUUAACUACAAAGGCAUUAGAAUUGUUUUCAUCUCUUGCCAUCUCUCUGCUCAUGCAAGCAAGGUAGAGGAAAGAAAUUGUGAAUGUAGGCACAUAUCACACUCUCUAUUCUCUAAGAAUUGGAAUCCAUAUUCAAGACCAUCACAUAUUACUAUUUGGUUGGGAGAUUUAAACUACAGGCUUCAAGGCAUUGAUACUUAUCCAGCCAGAAAUCUUAUCAACAAUGACCUUCAUCAGAGGCUGCAUGGAAAAGAUCAGCUUUUACAAGAAGCUGGGCGUGGACAAAUAUUCAAUGGCUUCUGUGAGGGAACAUUGACAUUUAAGCCUACUUAUAAAUACAACAAAGGAAGUAGCAACUAUGAUACAAGUUACAAGGUUCGAGUGCCAGCAUGGACCGAUCGCAUAUUAUUCAAAAUAGAAGAUGAAAGUGACAUUGAAGCAACUUUACAUUCUUAUGAAUCCAUGGAUGAAAUUAAUGGUUCUGAUCAUAAACCUGUAAAGGCACAUCUCUGCUUAAGAUUAAUUCGUCAACGUCGUCUUCCACCAAUAAUUGAAAACUCUAAUUCUAUUAUCAAUAGUAAUAAUAAUAAUAAUAAUAUUAAUCAACUUUCUAGUUAG